AGCGGGACAGCAGGCUAGCCGAAGGUUGUCCUUAAGGAAUUUUUUUUACAGUAAUGGAAAUAAGUUUUAGGUCUGAGAAUUAGAAUAAAAGACCAACUUAAUCUGUACAAAGCAACGCUUUUUGUCAAAGUAGUGUUUCGGCUUACUUUUAAGAGAGACACGAGGGUAGCGGUCAAUCAAUGAGCUCUGUGGACGACCGACGUGACGUUAGAGAAGGAUAUAGAAAUGGAGGAGCAACGGUGAAGGGAUUAAUUCAGAAAGUCCAUCCUCCUCAGCGGUCCCUUAAUGAUUCACUGGAGGGAGAAAUUCAGGCCUUCCUCACUGAUGAAGACCAACUUUACACUUAUGAUGACCUCACCAAAGUCAACCCAGUGACCCCAGCGACAGUGCUGAAAUGCCUGCAGGCCAGGUACAGCAUGAAGGUGUUUUACACCCAUGCUGGCUGCACCUUGGUGGCUCUUAACCCCUUCCAGCCCAUUCCAGACCUCUACUCUCUGGAUGUGAUGAAGGAGUAUCAUUAUGCUCAUCAGCCCCAGAAGUUCAGGCCACAUAUCUUUAUUGUGGCAGAAGAAGCCUACAGGAAUGUUCGGGGCCAGCUGGAGCCGGUGAACCAGUCCUUGGUGGUCAGUGGUGAGAGUGGUGCUGGAAAGACUUGGACAUCUCGGUGCUUGAUGAAGUACUAUGCCACAGUGGCGUCCGUCUCGGUGGUGAAGAGUCAGGACACAGUGGAGAGGAUCGAGAGGAGAGUGCUGGACUCCAACCCUGUAAUGGAAGCUUUUGGCAAUGCCUGCACGCUUCGGAAUAACAACAGCAGUCGUUUCGGAAAGUACAUCCAGCUACAGCUGGACAGGUGUCAACUCUUAGUUGGGGCGUCUGUACAGACAUAUUUACUGGAGAAGACCAGGGUGGCCUGCCAACCAGCUAAUGAAAGAAACUUCCACAUCUUUUACCAGAUGAUGAAAGGGGCCACAGAUGAGCAGCGGAAAGAGUGGAAGAUGUCACAUGACCAAAGUUUUGUUUGGCUGCCAAAUUCCGAGAAAACAAUUGAGGAGGAUUGUUUCCAUGAGACAGUGGAAGCAAUGGUUCAUCUGGGCAUCAAUGCAGAAAGGCAAGGAGAAAUAUUUAGGAUAUUAGCAGGAAUUCUCCAGUUGGGAAAUGUCAGCUUCUCCUCUUCAGCAGAUGAAUCACAACCUUGUCACCUUGAUGCAAAAUCUAAAGACUUCUUGCAGAGGGCUGCUGAGCUGCUGUGUGUUCCUGCUGAAGAGCUUCAAACAUGUUUAAGAGUAAGAACUCUGAAGGCGGGGAAGCAAAGCGUGCUCAAGCCGUGCUCUCAGGCAGAGUGCAGUGUGACGAGAGACUGUCUAGCCAAAGUCAUUUACGCCCAGUUAUUUGAAUGGCUGGUUACAUUCAUCAACAACAGCAUAUGUGCUGAUAAAUCAACGUGGUGCAACUUCAUAGGAGUCCUAGAUGUGUACGGCUUUGAAUGUUUUCAGACCAAUAACCUGGAGCAGCUAUGCAUCAACUACGCCAAUGAGAAACUCCAGCAGCACUUUGUGGCUCAUUAUCUCAGAGCUCAGCAGGAGGAGUAUGUGUCAGAGGGUUUGCAGUGGUCCUUUGUCAAAUACCAAGACAAUCAAAGUUGCCUCGAUCUUUUAGAGGGAAGCCCCAUCAGUGUGUUCUCUCUUCUUAAUGAGGAGAGUCGUCUAAAUCGAGCCUUGGAUGCAAAAACGUUCCGAGUCCGUCUGGAGAAGGAGCUGUGUGACAAUGCUAACAUCAGCUGGGACAAGUUCAGCAAGGUGCCGCACUUCACUGUGGCCCACUACGCCGGCAAAGUUGGCUAUCAGAUAGAAGGCAUGGCGGAGAAAAACAAGGACCCAGUGCCACCAGAGCUAAUUAGCCUGCUUCAAAAGUCCAACAACCAGCUUCUUCACCAGAUCUUCAAAGACAAUGAAACUGAGAGUCAGAUUAAAAAGGGGCCUGGUAAAACCACUGUGGUCUCCAAGUUUAAGAACUCACUGGAGACCCUGAUGAAAAUCCUCCACUCCACAACUCCUCACUACACUCGCUGCAUCAAGCCAAACCCUGAGUGCAAGCCACUGACUUUCAAGAAGGAGGAGGUUAUCAUUCAGCUAGAGGCCUGUGGGAUUGUGGAGACCAUCCAUAUUAGUGCUGCUGGAUUUCCAAUAAGGAUUCCUUUCCAAAGCUUCCUGCAACGUUACACACUGAUCGCUAAACACAUAAAGUCGGGGGGUCACAGUGUUGUGUUAGAUUUGGAAGCUGACACUUGUCCUCAGCGACAUGUGGAGAAGAUCCUCAGUGUGGCGUUGAAACACCGCUGUCUGAGUGAAGAACACAGUACAUUGGUGCAUUGUGGGAGGACUAAAGUUUUUCUCACACAAGUGAUGCUAGAUUUACUGGAAGAUCAGAGGAAGAAGAUCCUGUCUCACUGCGCCUUUACCAUUCAGUGCUGUUGGCUACGGUACCAGCGGGGCAGACGACACACCCACCGCCAGUCUGCUACUUUGAUCCAAGCAGCGGUGCGGUCCUGGCUAGUCAGAAAUCGUGUCCGGAGAUGGAACAGAGCAGCUGGAGUCAUCCAGAGCACCUGGAGGAAGUGGAGGUUACUCUUGAAAUCCUUGGCUGAAGCAGAACUUGAUGACGCAAAGGACCUGGUGGAGGAGGAUACACCCGCACUGACUCCUGUCGUCAGAGAACGGGGCUCAGUACAGCUCUCCACCAUCCCGGAGCCCGUCACGGUGCAACGGUGGCCCAUGGGCCUGGCUCUAGCCUCUGCACCGUCCAUGACUGUGUCUUUGACAGCCACAGGCUUCCAGAAGAUGAUGUCUGUCAUUGCCUCCCUCAACUUGCCAUCCAGGAGGGGAGAGUACCAGGUGAAGACCAACCAGUACACGGAGGAACUCGCCUCCAUAAGGGCUCAGCCCAAGGGAUCCGUAAAGCUGCACUGUCAGCGAUCUCCGCUUCUCUACGCUGACAGGCAGCCGGACCUGAAGAGCGACGUGACGGGGUUCAAUGAGAUCCUGCUAGAGAAAACUCUGUAACCGCUCCCUCAGUGCAAAACGCUACUUGCAGUGAAGCAGCUGCUUCUCCAUAAUCUGACAUGAAACAUGAAAACAUGGUAUUAUUUCAUGCUGCUACUGCGUAUGUAGGUUAAAACACUAAUUGCCACGUUUGUUUGUUUUUGGUUUUCUUUUUUUUAAACGAAGGUCGAAACUGAUCUUACCCUGACUUACAGGGAUGAAGGGAAUUAUAAAACCUGCAUCCUUGCAUAAUUAUUAUUUAUCAGAAGUGUUUAUGUAAGCUGGUGCAGUGCUAAAAAUCACCUCCAGUUGCCUUACGGCCCCAGAGAUGACAAAAUAUAUAUAAAUAUAUCACCUAAAAUUCCAAAUCUGAGUCAGGAGAGUGGAUACAAUCCUCAGCUGCAUUUAAGAUAACGUACCCCCUUUUUUUUCAUUUCUUUUACAGAAAGAAAUGAAGUACCAUUCACAUUUCUCUGUGAAUGGUACUCAUGGCCAUUGAUCAGUGGGCUUU